GGAUAGCUGUCCUCUAUGUGUACCUGAUACACAUGCUGACCAACCCCAGCCCCCCACAGAUGUACUCAGGGAUAUAUGACAGUGUAGAGGUGGUGCUGAAAGUGUUCCAGUCACUCGCUAUCCUGGAGAUCGUGCACGCGGCGCUGGGUAUCGUCCCCUCCAAUGUUCUCCUGACGGCGUUCCAGGUCUUCUCACGGGUGUUCCUGGUCUGGGGCGUGGCACAUCCUUUUAAGGAGGCCCAGACCAGCCUGGGAAUGAGCCUAUGUGUUGCUGCCUGGACCAUCACAGAGAUCAUCCGGUACUCCUUCUACACCUUCGCUCUACUCAACAUGAAACCCUACAUCUUACAGUGGUGCAGAUAUACGUUUUUCAUAGUACUGUACCCGAUUGGUGUGUCUGGGGAGCUCCUAGCCAUCUACAGUGCAGUGACACCAGCAGCUGAGCAGAAGGCAUUUUCCCUGGAGUUGCCCAACCCGAUCAACUUCUCCUUCUACUACCACUACUUCCUGGUGGGAAUCAUGCUCACGUACAUACCAGUUUUUCCCCAGUUGUAUUUCCACAUGGUCCGACAACGCAGGAAGAUCAUUGGAGGGAUCACCAAGGCAACCAAGAAGGAAUAAAAACUUCUCAUCUAACCCUCUUUCUACUGAGGCAGCCUUCUAGCUAAAAAUUUUGUACUG